AUAAACGAUGUGUUAACAACUUUUCUCAUAGUUUUGGUAUGACUUUUGGUUACAUCCGCGGUUUUAUACGUAAAAUGAGUGCAACUACCGGUGUCUCGAUACUGCCUGUGGGGGUGCGGGGUAUGAAAGUUCUCGAUCGAGAUAAAUUCUUGCGCAAUUUAAAAGUGCCAGUUCUAAAGGUCAAGCUAGAAAACGUUAAUAAUGUUAUGAAAAUGUGCAAAAAUUACUUCCUAAAACUUAAAGCCUUUAGGCCGAUAAGAGAUCUGAACGAAGCUGAAGAUUCGCCAUUCAAGAAAUGCAUAUAUUUGAAUCCUGAAAAGGUGAUGAAAUGGGAAGACUUCAGUGAAAAUGAUCGAGUCUUGCUCCAAGACUUAAAUGUAACAGAGGAUCAUUUGAUUUUCAAAGAUGCACAAAUAUCAUAUGACAACUGGGAUUAUGAAACUAUAUUCAAAGCUGUUCUUCCUGAAAAUGAGGAGGGUGUGAGUGGAUUUACCCAAAUUGGACAUAUUAUUCAUCUAAACUUAAGGGAUCAUCUACUUGAAUACCGCUUUGUUAUCGGACAAGUGCUGAUAGACAAAUUAAAGUCUUGUCGUACUGUAGUUAACAAGUGCAACACCAUUGAUAAUACCUACAGAAAUUUUGACAUGGAAGUACUUGCUGGAGAUGAAGAUUUCAAAGUAUCUGUCAAAGAAAAUAACUGCACAUUCCACUUUGAUUUCUCUAAAGUGUACUGGAACUCACGCUUAUGCAAGGAGCACGAAAGAAUCUUGAAAUACCUACAUCCUGAAGAUGUCUUAUUUGAUAUCUUUUGUGGUGUUGGACCCUUUGCAAUUCCAGCGGCCAAAAAAAUAACAAAAGUAUUUGCCAAUGAUUUAAAUCCUGAAUCAUACAAAUGGUUGAAUUACAAUGCAAAUGUCAACAAAAUCAGGAUGUCGUGUUUUAAAUCAUACAAUCAAGACGGAAAGGAUUUUAUUUGUAAUGUAUUCAAAGAGUACUUAGAGCGUUUGUGUAAAGGUGUUGAGAAGGUGGACGGGAAGAUUCGCAUAACAAUGAACUUACCAGCUCUAGCAGUAGAAUUUUUGAAAUACUUCAACGGUUUACUCAAAGACACUGCUGCAGCUGAAAACUUUAACCAAGAAAUCAUUGUAUACGCAUACUGUUUUGUUCCUAGUGGUGAUGAUCAAGCUGAAUUGGCAAAAGAAUUAGUGAUCAAAAACAUAGGACAUGAUAUAUCCUCAGAUAUUGUAUUUAUUUAUAAUGUACGCAAGGUUGCUCCAACAAAAGAAAUGAUGAGAGUGACAUUUAAGUUAACUAAAGAGGUUUUAGUCGGUCCCAAAUCCCUGGGUGAACCUCCUCUUAAAAAGUUGUGUGUAUAAGUGUUUACUAAGAUUUCCAUAAUAUUAUUGAUAAGAGCCAAUUGGUAACUUUUGUAGUGUUUUUAUGUAAACCAAAAAUUAUGUAAUAAAUUUUUAUGCAUAAAAACUGUCUUUAAUUUGGUCUACUGCUUGAGCAGAAAACAAAUUUUCUGAGUAUUGUUUGCAAAUAUCUUGUUCAAUGUUACUCAUACUAUCAUAAAUGACAUAACUCAUGAUAAGAGCUGAUAAGAGCUAUAUAUUGUGAAAAUUUUGUAUUAGUCUUGUUUUUUAUAGUAAAUCAGAUGAACUUCUGUAAGUAUGUAUGAGGUUCAUGUUUUGAUAGUCUUGUUGACUGAGUGUAGGCAAAUCAAUCGUAACGUAGUAAGUCCUAUGAUGCCAUACGAAGAUCUCCUUCAAGUUGGUCGAUAAAACUCGUGCCUCCGCUUUCUGCAUCCAGUGGAAACCAGUAGCUACCCUUUUUUAAGUCAUCAGGCUAGCGUAAGGGCACGACGUGGGCAUUUGGCAGACUUCCUCUAACUAACAACACACAGCGCCCAUCUAGUGCUUAAGCUAGUCACGGGAUCGCUCGCAAUGCACUGCUCGACUUUUGCUGAACCCAGUAGAAGGUUUAAAGGGUCGUCAUCACCUUUUACAGUAAUAUUAUUGUCGCUGUGUAAGAGAGACGCCGCAACCCGCGCUGUCCCGCUGCCAGAAAAUUAACGCAACUUUAGGAAUAUCUUAAGGUUUAGCUUGUUUAUAUGGUGAUGGUUUAUGUUAUAGAUAAUAUUUAAAAUGUAACAUCUGCGAAUUCUGCCUUAUUAAGUACUUACCAAGUUCCUAAUUCAAUAGUCACUAUUACAGUAUCGGCUAUUUCCCAUGUAGCAUGUUAUCAGGAACAAAAAUGCUUCCACGAAAAAGCAUUAUGUGGGACUGUUGUUAUAAUAGAAGCAUGUUACGCACCAGACAGCGCAUAGCGGCAUCUCGUUACCUCAACAACAAGAGUCUUGUAUUGAGCUGACGGUAAUCGGGAAUAAUAUCUAUAAUCAGGCAAUACCUCUUAUUUGUAUUUAUUUUUACUUCAUAAAUUACUUUUAUAAUCUUGCAAUUACCCGUGACCGAAUUAUUUUCAUUGAUUAAUAAUAUUACGAGGAUAACAUUAAUUGGUGCAGAUUAGAUUGGUAAACCUAAGAAUCGAUUGCGAAUUUAAGCAUGACUACAACUAGAAUUGAUUGAUCACAGGCUGAUUUAAUUAUUAGCGCUUGUAAUGUAGGUAGGUACAUAGACACAACAGUCGGUUGAUAACAAUUUAGCUCAUGGCUCGUGGUAGACCAGUCAACAUCAAAGAUCCAGUGGCAUUCUUCGUACAUCCUUAUUCUCGAUCCCAAACUAUCUCUUGGUGAAGCGAUUAUAGACAGACACCGUAAGCGUUAAUAUGCUUUCACUAUAUUAAAUGAUGUAACGGUUACUCACACCUUCUAUAGGGAAUGCCUAGGGCUUUCCUACUUACUCAAUUCUUUGAAAGUUGACGAAACAAAGAUGUAAAAAACUACUGUAUCUAAUCAUAGACGAUCACUGACAACGUGUGAAUAAGUAGGUUCUUAUCUAAUUAUUACUUUCGCAGCUUCGUUGCAUGCGCGUAAUGACGGCACCGCAGAGGAUGUAAUCAUUAGCUAUUAAUUUUAUACGUAUAUUUCGAAAUUAUACUGAUUGAAUUACCAGAUUGAUGUUGGUGGGUAUUUAGCAUGUAGGAUUUAAUUCUUUUUAGCAAGUUACGAUAAACAAAACGAAUUAUUGCAUUGACACAUACAUAGAGUUCAGGCAGGCUUCGAUAAUUCUGACAUACUUACUUUACAUACUGAUAUUAACCGAUUACUUUUUCAAAAUUAUCUAAGAUAGGUACACCAUACCCGAUAGAUUGCAAAGAGCUUCAACGGUAAAAUAAUAAAGGAGGUUACGUUAUUGGUUAAAAAAAUAUCUAAAGGCGCAGUGUUGGAUCUGGUUUCGUUCUGUUUUUGACAAUAUUAAGUUCGUGUAGCGGUCCAGUGUCA